CUCUGAAGGCCAUGACAGUUCCAUCGUUUACUGAUGACUGUUUCUUAGCUACAGCCAGUAGUCUAUCAACCCUGAAGCCAAGUUCUAUUAUGCUCAGAUUGACAUGGUUAGAACUGUUGCAUAUAGGCCUAUUCUCACGCUGCAAUGUACCGCACUUGGCAGGGUUAGUAGGCCAUGGUAGGAUCUUUCCGAGUUUUGCACACGGCUGGGUGGGGGCUUACCAUCAAGGUUUUCGCGGAUAGGACGCGAUUCUAUUUUCUUGCAGAGCAUGACCUACAUUACAUGGCUGUAGCCAAUCGGAAUGCUAGAACACAGUAGGCUCCCUUUUACCUCCAAAUUAGAAAAUGGCAAUGUGGACGGAGCAGAGGUGCAUGGAUUUGAUUGUAAUGUGGGAGAACUACCCGUGUCUGUUCGACACUUCCAGUGCGGACUAUGUAAACCGGGAUAAGGCCAAAAUUGCCUUCAUUGAAAUUGCUCGUGCUCUGGGCAAUGGAAUAACAGAAGACGAAGUGAAGCAGAAAAUGCGCUCACUUCGCAAUUCAUUUUUUCAGCAGUUAUCUGCAUACAAUGCACGCUGUAGAAGUGGUGCUUCUGCACAACAUGUGGCAGAGCCAACAUGGCACUUCUGGAAGGCGUUGUGUUUCCUCAGACCCUUCAUAAAAUUGAGAAAGGGUCAAGACAACUUGAGCUCUACUUCAGCAAACUGCUCACAAUCCUCAGCAGAACUCCUUGUUCCAGAAGAAGAUACAGGAGAUAUUAGUGUUCUCCUCACUUCCGUGGGGGCUUUCACAGAAAAAACAGCUGAAGCACCUGCUGCCCCACCCUCAUCCAAUGUGUACCAACAAGCACCACCAUCAAAGGCACCAGACUGUGCAAAAAGGAGGAGGAGGGCAGACAACUUAGACACCCCCAGUCCAGCUCAUCAGGCUGUGGAUAUUCUAAAAAAUUUGCAAAAGACUGGAAAGGCAACUCCAAAUGAAAUGUUCUAUCAAAUGGUAGCUGGUAUGACAGAGAAGUUUCCCGAACACGUGCAGGAUCAACUACACCGUGAUAUAUUUAACAUGGUACAGGAGGUAAAACUAACAUUGCAGAAUAAAAAUUGAUUUGAAAAAUAAACUUCAAGUAUCCCA